GGGCAGCGCCUUGCAGCCAGGUGGGGCCUGAGCUGUGGGGGAAAGUGCUCCAGCCAACAGGCUCCAGUCACACCUGGCUUUGCUCACAGAAAUUCAUGCUGCGGUACCAGGGCAAGGCAAACUGUUGGAUUGGGCUGCACAGGGAAGAAGGGGACGAGCGCUGGACAUGGGCCGAUGGCAGCGCCUUCACCAACUGGUUCGAGUUGCGAGGUGGAGGCCGAUGUGCGUACCUGAACGGGGACAGGAUCACCUCAGCCAGCUGCCAGGCGGAGAAGUACUGGGUCUGCAACAGAGCCGACAGCUACGUCCUCUGGAGGGAGGGGACAUAGCCACAGUGACAAAGCCCAUCCACAUUGAGCUCGUUCCAAUGCUGCUGGGCACUGCCAUGCCUUCACUGUGUACUGGAAUCUGCCUCUUUCCAGCACUGCUGCACUUGUUCCUGCAUGGAACCACCCAGCUCUGCUCCUCACUGUCUCUCAGGAAGCAUGUAUAAUUGCACUGUACCUUAAAGGGAGGUUCCUCUAAGGGUCCUUCAAGGUCACAGUACCAUGGAACAAUCCCGUGGUGCUGACCCCCUGUGCCUGGACCCGAGGCUGGGGCUGUUUCUCCUCUCCUUGUGGGCUCUGUGUCACAUCGCGGUGCCAUCGCUCCCAGCCGCCCUCUGACUUUGUCACAGUGUCUGCUCAGCUGCUGCAUUUUAUAAUUUCAUUUUGUAAUUGCAUGAAGCAUUUAUUAAAGUCACUGUUUAUAGGA